AGCAAACUGAAUUAGAUAAUUAAAACUUGGGGAACUAAAUGCUCAAGCUCAAUUAUAAGGCCAUAGAAUUUGAAUUGAAUGUGCAGCUUGCGGAGCUGUCCAAUAUCCCACAACUGGAUCACGUGUCGUGCUUCUACAUCCAGGCAAUCUCAAACAGCCGGCUCUCUGGCAAGCACCAAUACCAUCAUAGACACGCCGUUCAAUCCGCGGAGCGUGCGGUCGAAAACCACAAGUGUGUGUUCAACAACGAGCUAAUCCGGGCCAAACUGAAGCUCUAUGCCAAUCCAAAGGAAGCCUUUACGCUCUCCGACAAAUGGCUGUACAUCACCUUUUUCAUCCACGAUACGCAUACUAGCAAGAAAAAUAAGCUUGGCACACUUGAGCUCAAUCUGACCGAAUAUGCCAACGACCGCGAGCCUAAGAAUCUACGCUAUCUCCUCAAAGACUCCAAGACAAACGCGAUUCUGCGCCUAUCAGUGUACAUGAAACACCUCGACAGUGCCCAAGAUUAUCAUUAUAAUGUCCCAAGAAGAAGCACACAGCAGAUAUACACGGGUCUCAAAGACUCGAUUGAGGAUUCGAAGAAGGAGUUCCCGGACCCCGAAAAGCACAAGAACGACUCCGAGAUGAUUCUCAACGACAUCAUCAACAAGACGUUCAAAUUCAGCUGGCAGUUCAACGGCGUAAACUACGACGAGUUCACGCCUAUCGAGUGCGUUAGGGAUAUCACGCAGCACAACGGAAACGGUUGGAAACGGAACGAGUUCGGCGUCCCGUACAUCGACACCGUACAACACGAUUACACCACGUGCAAGAAAAGCCGCCAUGGACCGCUGCAGGAGUCAGACUACCGGUCAGAUCUGCGCAGCUGGCAUCUUGAAAGCUAGACGGCGCGCUCUAUGCCGUCAUCGCUAUCCUCCGAAAGGUCGAAGUCCUCGUAUCCGCUCAAAAUAUCGUCAUCCUCCACGCCCAGAUCGAACUCGGAGUCUUCCGGCUCUGCAAUAUCCAUCUCGCUGAGUUCCACCUCACUGGCACCCAUGUCCAUCGACCUUGCUCGUUUGUACCGUCCCCGGGUCACAUAUGGCCAGUGGAUGCCGCCUGCGCGACCGUGUAUAUAUUUUUUCACCAAUGACGAAAGAAACAGCACGAAUUCGUUAAUGAGACGUAGCACACGCGAUUUGUUCGCAAUGACAAAAACCAAACCAACCAAUACUAUCAUCACAACUAUCCACGAGUGCGCUUUGAAUAUCGAUUUCCGGUCGAUUUUCUCAACAACCUCGUCGUUUUCGUAAUCUUGUCCUUGCUUGAGGUCUCGGAGGAAGCCUGGCUCUUGAUAUGAGUCGAAAAUCUCAUAAACUGGACGCAGAGGUACCCCGUCCACUUCAGAGCCGCGAAAAAACACUCCAGGAGCCGAGUUGCGCGAGUACCCCACCUUGUCGCGUUUGCCGUCGUCCACGUAAUUGUGGACAUAGUUUUGCACCUCAAUCAGACUUUCAUCGCUAGCAUAAAGCACGGCACGCCCCAGCGUCCACGUAAAUGCCGACCCGUUGACGUUAUCAUUGACGGUGAAAUGCGAUCGCGUACGGUUUAAACCAAACCCGUUGUGGAGCAGGUUCAUCAAAUACGUGCUUUUGAAGCAUAGCUCCUCUAGCUCUGAUUUUCCAAGGUCCUUGUAUUCCUUUAGCUGGUUCCAGUCCAAAGAACAUAUUUUCUCUGUUUCCUGCACCAUUUUGUCGUAUGCGUAAAUCUUCCCAUAAUUUUCCUCCUUGUCGUUGUAGUUGAGCAGCUUGGCAACUGUGUCCCAGUAUCCGGAGACUCCAUAAAAAUUCUCAGAAUUCAAAUUAAAGUCUGGGUUUGUGUUGCUCAGCAGACAGCUCGAUACCUCUUGUCUGUCCCCACACUUGUUGGCUAUUAAUUGGUAGACGUUUCCAUUGCAUUGUUCAUAAUUCCCUGUUCCUUUGACCUCAAUCUCCACGCCGUCGAGUUCCACCAUUUGGUGUCUCUUAGCAGCAAGGCAUGGGUCUUCCACGUAUUCCUUCCCGUCCUCCAGCUUGUGUUCAAGACCACGCAGGUACUUCAGCCGCAUUUGCGAAAGCCCAUAUCCAAGAAACGAGUCCGAGUAGACGUUAUAUCUCAAGUUCGUGACCUCUUGGCCCAUCGUGGCCAGCUUUAAAUUAAUUAAUUGAUUGUAAUGCUCUGUCGUCUCCUUCUCGUUAGGCUCAAACGAGAUUUGUGUGGAUGCACCGCCCAUAUCCAGUAGGCCUGCUGAGCUUCUGUUGGCAGCUAAGGCGCCAGUCAGGUAAUUGAGGGCGAUCCAACCGAAAAGUCCUUCUACGUCACCGUCAAUAAUAUUAACAUGGCUCGCGCAGUCUGGAAGGUAGAAAUUGGUUUCUUGUUGCAGAUACGAACACACGUUGUCUAGAAUCGCCUGCUGCUCGUUGGGUUUUAAAAGCCUCAUGCCAGCUGUAGCAUGGAGAAAUAUGGGCGUUCGAUAAUGCUGCUCAAUGGGAAUUAUGUCGUAAAUCUUCUUGAGAAGAUAAUUAAGGUAUCUCGGUCCUAUAUGGGCCGAGUUCUCAUGAAACUCGCUAAUACCUGGAUGGAUUUUCUUGUGCCAUUGACUGCCUGUCUGGACCUGAGGAAGAUCGGACGGAUCUAGUUCGACCCUCUUUAGCAGUUUAACAUGAUCGUCAGGCACGCGCAGAAUGUUAUUGGCAAGUAGGUACUGCGAGGAAAGCCAGUAGUAUACGUAGGCACGUGACCCUUUUGACCCGGCGUCUAUAACUAUCAGGUAGUUGUAAGGUAU